CUUUCACCUCAACUUCAACUCUUUCUUAACAAAUAUACAUACAUCACUAUAAACAAUCAUGGAUUGCAGAAUAGAGAGUACAGAAACUCACAGGAACAAGUGUGCAGCAUGCUUCAGACAGUUCAACAAACUGGAGCACCUUGUGGAGCACAUGAGGAUCUCGUAUCAUUCAGUUCAUGAGCCAACCUGUGGCAUUUGCAGGAAACACUGCAGGUCAUUUGAGUCUCUAAGGGAACAUCUUAUAGGUCCAUUGCCAAAGCAGGAAUGCAGAGAUAUAUUUGCUUAUAGAGGGUGCAAGUUUUGCUUGAAAGUGUUUGACAGCCCUAAUUCUCGAAGGAUUCACCAAGAAAAAUGCCAACACUCUGGAACAAAUGCUGGAAUAAUUGGUCGCUUUUCAAACUUAGGACUUCGUGAUAAUUUGGCCAUUAGUGGUGGAGCAAGAGGACCACAAGUAGUUGCAUUAGCAUGUAAAAUGGUUGGAGGUGGCAGUGAUGGCUCAUUGGAUCUCUGUGGAAGAGUGUGCUUAACCGAUGAGCAUGAGAACAUCAUAUUCCAUUCUUAUGUGAAGCCACCAAUUCCUGUCACAAACUACAGGUAUGAGACAACAGGCAUUAGACCAGAAUACCUGAGGGAUGCAAUGCCAAUGAGACAAGUUCAAAGGAGGAUUCAAGACUUUCUUUGCAACGGUGAACCUAUGUGGACGAUUCGGGCAAGAGGAGGAAGAGCAAGGAUUCUUGUGGGCCAUGGUUUGGAUCAUGACCUUGAAUGUCUGCAAAUAGAAUAUCGAACAGAAAAGAUAAGGGACACUGCAAAAUACCCUCCUCUGAUGAAAACGAGCAAGCUCAGCAACUCACUCAAGUACUUAACGCAAACAUAUCUUGGGUAUGACAUUCAAGUUGGAAUUCAAGAUCCUUAUGAUGACUGUGUGGCAACUAUGAGGCUGUACAUGAGAAUGAGAUCCCAAGUACACAGAACACAGGAUUACCCUUUGGUGUCUGACCCCCAGAACAGGAACAAUUUUGCUUCGUGGAGGCAAAGUGAUCUUGAAAGAAUGACUCCUGAACAAAUGCUGGAAAUAUCAAGAUCUGACUACUAUUGCUGGUGCUUGGAUUCCUUCUAUCCCUGAAUAUGAGGUAGCCAAUACCCAUUUAUAUAUGAACCGAUAUACAUCAGUAACUACUAAAAGUAACAAUAAAGUGCACCAAACACUUCUAUCUUUCUACUACACUUAAUAAUACGCCAUUUAAGCAAAAGCUAGCCUUACACUGCUGUCAUAGCACUGCCACCU